ACGGCAGUGUAACCAUGUUGCUUUUUGGAAUAUUCUUCUGCGUGUUGGUUUUAAACUCUUUAGCCAGUCAAAAUGACGGCGAAGUGUGUACUCUUUUGUCAGUUUGCAAUAAUAUUGCAGACGUGAAAUCAGAGGUUGCAGCUGUGCGAGACAUUUUGGAGGACUUGGGUAAAAAACUCGACCAGGAGAAAAAAUACCCUGAAAGCUGCGCUAAUUCAACGAAGAGUAAGCUGCUGAUCCGCUUGCCCGAGUACAGUGAAUUCCCCUUCGAGGUGUCCUGCGAUCAGCAUAACUACGGCGGAGGUUGGACUGUAUUGAUGCGACGAAGCGAUGGAAGCGAGGACUUUUACCGCAAUUGGAAGGACUACAAGUACGGAUUUGGCGACUUGAACAAUGAGUUCUUCCUCGGACUGGAGCUAUUUCAUGCGCUGACCUAUUCGGAACCCCAGGAACUGAUGGUUGUCCUCGAGGAUCACGAAGGAGAAAUUCGCUACCAGCAUUACGAUAACUUUAGAGUCGGACCAUGGACCAACAUCUACACCUUGGAAUCGGUGGGAUCAUCUUAUGGAGACGCCGGUGAUUCACUUCACGCUCAAUUGGGGAUGAAGUUUAGUACUAAGGAUCGCAAGAAUGACAUCGAUAAAGAAAAGAAUUGUGCAGUUCAUUAUAAAGGAGCUUGGUGGUACUAUUUCUGCCAUGAAAGCGCUUUGACUGGUGUAUAUGGCGAUAAUUCCUUUGGACAGGGUGUACUUUGGUCAACAUGGCAUGGCUUUAACUACUCACUCAAAAAGGCCGUAAUGAUGAUAAGGCCGAGAGGGUAUGCUAAGUAUCCGAUUGUAUGA